UCGUGGGUGGGAAGAUGCACCCCCUGAAGAAGUACUUCACCGAGGGGCUCAUCCAGUUCACCAUCCUGCUGAGCCUGAUGGGGGUCCGGGUGGACGUGGACACUUACCUGAACGCUCAGCUGCCUCCACUGCGGGAAAUCAUCCUGGGCCAGAGCUCGGCUUACACCCAGACCCAGUUUCACAACUGGAGGAACACGCUGGGCGGCUACGACCUUCACCCCAAGAGUGUGGACCUAGACUACUACUUCACGGCGCGGCGGCUGCUCAACGACGUGAGGGGCCUGGACCGGCUGCUGGUGCCCAGCACCGAGCUCAGCGCCUGGCUGGUGCACAGUGGCAGCAGCCGGGAGGCGGACGGCUCGGUGCCCGCCUCGCAGCCCAGUUUGCCCUUGGACAACACGAGCGGAGUGAACGAGGGAGCGGUCGCGGAGAACAGCGACAGGGCCAAUGGCUCAUCCGAGCAAGUGGAGGAAAGUCUGGGAGCUGUCGGGUUGCCAAUGAGCAGCGACUUGACCAAGGAGGACAUUGAUCUGAUUGAUAUCCUAUGGAGACAGGACAUAGAUCUGGGCGCUGGCAGAGAGGUGUUCGACUACAGCUCCAAGCAGAAGGAGAACGGACAAGGUGAGGAAGAUCAGAGAAAGAAGACUGAAGAGGACAGUGCAAGCGGGAGGAGUGGUUUGCUGCAGGGAACUGCUCACGUGGAUGGGGAGACUGGAGAAAGCAUCCCGGAUCAGGUGUCGGAGUUGGUGGACCAGACGCCUUCCUUUGAGGAAUGUCUCCGUCUCCUGGAGGAAACGUUCCCUUUCGCUGAGGAUUCUGAGUUUCCAGCGGCCGUGUCUUCAGAGCUGAAUGAGGCUUUAGACAGUGCUCUGGCCAGUACCAGUGACAGCCCGCCUGCAUCCUCACAGACCACCCUCCGUCCACCCCUCCUCACGCCACAGGACACUCCUUUAGACCUAGAGCAGCAGUGGCAGGACCUCCUGUCCCUCAUGGACCUCCAGGACAUGGACAUGGGCGACAGUGCAGCCUCGUUUAGUGACAAUACUAGCAACGGCAAUGCUGAGCUGCCCAUGAGCUACAUCCAGCCUCCCACCACCACCAUCAACCAGGACGUCAGCCUCCAUGAUGCCACCUUGCCUCUGUGUGGACAGGACUUCCCUGCCUUCUUCAAUGCCGACGUGGCAGUGGGCAGCGGCCCCAGCCUCCAGCCUCUGGCCUCCACCAACUCCACCGACUUUGACACCACCUUCGGCUCCACCAACUUCACCGGGCUUCUCUUCCCUCACCACAUUAACGGGACGGGCAACGAGACGUGCAGUCCAGCCAUGGCGGACCCCCUGAGGGGGCUGCUGGACGACGCCAUGUUGGAUGAGAUCAGCCUGAUGGACCUGGCCAUGGAGGAAGGUUUCGGCCCAAUGGAGACGUCCCAGAUUGAAGAGGAGCUCGAUUCCGACUCGGGCCUCUCGCUCGACUCCAGCCAGAGCCCAGUUUCCCCCAGCAGCUCGGAGUCCUCCUCCUCCUCCACCACCUCCUCCUCCUCCUCCUCCUCCUCGUCCUCCUCUCUGUCGCUGUCCGAGGAGGGAGCGGUGGGCUACAGCUCCGAUUCGGAGGACACGGAUUCGGAGGAUGGCCAGGGUGCGGUGGGAGGCCAUCAGCCGGAGUUCAGCAAGUUCUGCCGCAUGAGUUACCAGAACCCCAGCUACUUCCACUCUCUGCCCUACCUGGACCAGAUCCAUCACAACCACACCUACAACCUCCCGCCCGGAGCCUCUGCCUCCAGCCCCCACUCCCCCCCCAGCCCCGGCUACAAAGCGGGGUUCAGGGAGACCCGCCGCAGCUGCAUCGACCUGCACGUGGGGCGGGACGAGCGCCGGGCCAGGGCGCUGAAGAUCCCCUUCACCAACGACAAGAUCGUCAACCUGCCCGUGGACGAGUUCAACGAGCUGCUGAAGAAGGCCCAUCUGACGGAGCCCCAGCUCGCCCUGAUCCGCGACAUCCGGCGCAGGGGCAAGAACAAGCUGGCGGCUCAGAACUGCCGCAAGCGCAAGCUGGACACCAUCCUCAACCUGGACCAGGAUGUGGAGCAGCUGAAGAAGCAGAAGGCCCGGCUACUGAAGGAGAAGGUGGACUUUGUCAAGUCCCUGCGGCAGAUGAAGCAGAAACUGCAGGGCCUUUACCAGGAGGUGUUUGACCGCCUGCGCGAUGAGGACGGGAGGCCCUAUUGCCCCAGCCAGUACACCCUGCAAUAUGCCAACAACGGCAGCAUGCUGGUCAUGCCUCACACACUCAUCACCCAGCAGGGCAAGCCGGACAAGAAGAAAGGCAGCAAGAAGAAGUGAGACCCACAGCCCGGCCUGGCACUGAACUCGCAAAGCGCUCACCGUAAAAGCUGCAUCGCUGGCUUUUUAAAAACAAACAAAAUAGAUGACUGACAAUUGCACCUUCUUGUUUUGGAAAAUAUCUUGCAAAUCUGGCAGCUGCAGGUCAGUUAAGAUGGAGAAAUAUCCCAGCAAGUGUCGGUGACAAGAGCUUUAUACAUUGAGUUGAUAGAUUGGCCACAGCUGGGAAAUCAGCAAAUGUUCACAUGCCCGUAAUGUCCCUCGGGUGAAGAGUGCAUGCGUGUGUGUGUACAUGCGCGUGUGUGUGUGUGUGUGUGCACGCGUGUACAUGCGCGAAUAUGUGUGUGUGUACGUGCGUGUGUAUACAUGCGUGUGCAUAUGUGCAUGCACGUGUAUGUGUGUGCACGCGUGUACAUGGGGUAUGUGUGUACGUGCGUGUAUACAUGCGUGUGCAUGUACAUGCGCGUGUAUGUGUGCGCGUGUACAUGCGCGGGUAUGUGUACGUGCAUGUGUGUACAUGCGCAUGUAUGUGCGCACAUGUGUGUACAUGCGCGUGUAUAUGUGCGCAUGUGUGAGUGCGCGUGCGUGUAUGUGUGUGCGUGUAGAGGUGGUGGUGGUAGUUUGGAGCACGGGCCAUUGUGGUCAUGGCCAACACCGUGCUCUGUCUCCGAUCCAGACUCCCUUAUUACUCAACGAUAUUAUUGAAUCUAAAUGAUGCAAGGCUGAAAGCACCCGCUGCUCUGCACAGUACACACACACAAUCUAUAAGCUGUGUGCGUUCUUGCCUGAAUAUUUCCCUUAAAGAAUUAAGAAGGGCAUUUAUUCUUAUUUAGGUACAACCUACCGAAUAAAGUGGCUGCGUAUACGUUUUGAGAUUUGGGGUGAGGGUCGCUGAUGGCCGCAGCUGAGAAGGUUGGCAAGUUUGUGGUUAAUUUAAUGUCUACUGUAAGACACUGGGCUGUCUCGAGCCUGCGGGGAACAGAGGUAGAUACUGCUGGAAGUGUGCAGGUCGGGGAGCCAGUGUGGAGAGAGGGAGAGUCGGUCAUGAUCUGUGUGGAUUCCAGUGGUGGUGGUAAAUCCUGUGUGUGGUGUGGGUGAGAUGGGCAAGUGAAUGAAUGCCCUUGGGUGCGAUGGCUGUAUUUAUUAGGCACAGCAGUUUAGUUUUGUUGUAAUAUAGUCGUUUAAUUUAAUGAGCGAGGAUGGGAUGGGGGGGGGGGGGGGGGGGGGGGGGGGUGGUUGCUUUAACCUGUCUCUUUCCCUGCCUUGAACUCCACACCAACCUGGACAUUAGCAGACCAGCUGCUUGCCCUUCGACGGCUGGCAUUGGUCCCAGAAGUCAGCGUUAUCCAUCGCAGAUAGCGGAGGCUCUUCGGGGGCCCCUUCUCGUCCAUGUUGACCAAGUUGCUUGGCUGGACAGAAAAUGCUGGAGGAACUCAGCGGGUGAGGCAGCAUCUGUGGAGCGAAGGAAUGGGUGACGUUUCAGGUCCGAGGCCCUUCUGGAAACUCAGCGGGUGAGGCAGCAUCUGUGGAGGGAAGGAAUA